AUGGACUGCAGACACCAUCGGCCUCUGCAGACACCAUCGGCCUCUGCAGACACCAUCACCCUCUGUGACCAUGGACUGCAGACACCAUCGGCCUCUGCAGACACCAUCACCCUCUGUGACCAUGGACUGCAGACACCAUCGGCCUCUGCAGACACCAUCACCUUCUGUGACCAUGGACUGCAGACACCAUCACCUUCUGGGACCAUGGACUGCAGACACCAUCGGCCUCUGCAGACACCAUCGGCCUCUGCAGACACCAUCACCCUCUGUGACCAUGGACUGCAGACACCAUCGGCCUCUGCAGACACCAUCACCCUCUGUGACCAUGGACUGCAGACACCAUCGGCCUCUGCAGACACCAUCACCUUCUGUGACCAUGGACUGCAGACACCAUCACCUUCUGGGACCAUGGACUGCAGACACCAUCGGCCUCUGCAGACACCAUCGGCCUCUGCAGACACCAUCACCCUCUGUGACCAUGGACUGCAGACACCAUCGGCCUCUGUGACCAUGGACUGCAGACACCAUCGGCCUCUGCAGACACCAUCACCCUCUGUGACCAUGGACUGCAGACACCAUCACCUUCUGUGA